GUGAUCUUUUCGGCAUCUCCAAGUUUGAAGAGCCAUGACACCACCGACAGCCGACACGCAGCACCCUCUGCGAGUUCUGGAGCACAAGGUACCGUUCCGCAACUUAGUUGUGGGGCUCUUUCUGUUGUACGCCGUCUCUUUCGCCAUUACGUGGUCCCGAGUGUGGUGGAACACUGCCGUGGGCAUAGCUGUCGCAGCUUUUGGACUUCUCUGGUUGGCAUACCCCACGGUCAAGGGCGGCAUCUUCCUCGAGCUGUACUACUAUUGUUCGUUUGGCACUAUUCUCCUCCACGUUUUCACAGCGGGUUUCCUCGGCUACGACCUGGUAGUGUCCGACCUCCACGCUGCGCUGGGGCGAUCGGAGGACCCCCGAUCGCUGUGGGGAGUCAGCACAGCGCUCAUUCUUGUCGUGUCUGCCCAGGCCGUCCAUUCGGUACCGUCCGCGUUUGGCAUCCCUGGCACUUUUUGAGUCCGUAGGGAAUGGCUGUGAACGCAUGCUACAGCCUCCGCAUGGAGUUGCUGCGCAAUGAACUCGUGUCUACUGUAUAUCCUGCCUACACUGAGCUCACUGCAGUUUAAGACCGCUAGCAAAUUGUGGUGCAUCGAAUUGAUUUAACAUACUGCAUUUCUGCUUAAGAAAUCGUGUUGCCGUAGUCUCUGUCGAUCGAACCUGCCACAUCGACUACGGGGGCCACUACGUCGCUCUCCAAGACAUCGUCAUCGUCGUCAUCGUCAUC